UCCCGCCCACAUCCGUUUUCGUGCGCAGUUGCGCAUCGCGUCGAGAAACUCUCACUUCGUCGACCAACCGGCCGCAGAAUAUCUGGCAGUUCCAGUAAGCCGACACUAACGGCAACGCCAGGUUUCAUCGGCGAAAAGCUACGCCGGUAAGAAAAGAUACUGCGAGAAAUACGGCGGGAAGGAAAUGAUGGUGCCUUGGAAUACAAUUUGAAGUUGGCCAGCUUUUUUGAGACGAAAUCAGAUUGUCGCCAUACAACGGGUUAAAGCCGUCAUGAUGGAGUUUUUGAUACGUCCUCUACUUUUGAUACUGCUAAUCGCCCAGAUGCAGUCAGCUCAGGAUUCGUACAAAGCCGCUACUUUCGAAUACAAACCCGAAUACAUCCCGGACGAUCCUUUGGAAACUAUGAGACUAAAUGCUAAAGAAUUUGAGAAGCAGAUAGAAACUGUCUCCAAAGAACAUGCAAAAAUCAUAGUAUUUCCUGAAUUGGGGCUGACUUCGAUACAUUUACCGAAUAGAUCAGCUUUGAGCAAUUGGUCUAUCGAAGUCCCGGAUCCUGAGAAAAAAUCCCUGCCAUGUAAUGAAUCCGGUAUUCAUGAGGUUCUCCGUAAAAUUUCGUGUGCGGCAGAAAGGCGUAAACUUUACGUCGUGAUCAACCUGGUUGAAAAGACAGACGACAACUGUCUAUACUCCUCUAACGUGGUAUUCAGUUCGGAAGGGAGAAUAGUCGCAAGGUACCGGAAAUAUUAUCGUUACAACGAAUUCGGCGAAUUCAAUCGACCGAAUGAACUAAAUGCCACGGCUUUUAGUACCCCGUUCGGAACGUUUGGCGUGCUGAUUGGCGCCGAUAUUCUCUACGAAGAACCAGCUCGGACAUUAAUAGAAAAGAACGUAAGACAGUUCGUUUAUCCUUUAGCAUGGGUGACCGUACUGCCGUUUUCGACAAGUUAUCAGAUGCAGCGGGCGUGGUCCAAGACUAACGAUGUAACCGUGAUAUCUGCCCCAUAUUACCCAGGCCGUGAAUAUGUCGUAGGUGGUAUAUUUAUGAGUGCAGGCUACGACCCUAAAGCUGCUAGGCUCAACUCUGCCACUGUCGGUAUUGUGCCCAGAAAGGGGAGUGCAUCGAUCGAUGAAAUAAGUCAAAGUGUCACCGAACCGAUAGGAAAUGAUUGUGUCGUUCGUAACAAGGACAUCAAACUUAAAAUACCUUGCAGCACGGGUAUUAUGAGAUCCCGUCUACAAUGAUUUCAAUGAAUUCCACGGGGAAGAUGGUACAGACGAUGGUUCUGAGCUCGGAAGCGCAGGGAUUGGUGGUUUUUGGAAUUGUGAGGAAAUUCUUUCUUGGAUAUAGUGAAAAGUCCAACGACACGGCCGAUAAGUGCGUGAAGCU